AGCCAUUUUGGCUCAAGCCCGUGGGGGCACUUGAGACAGUUGUCCCCGCCCCGCUCUGGUCAGAAGCCGCUGGCCGCGCGGCGAAAGAGCGAUGGGCCCCAUCGCCUUCUUCCUGGCGGCGCUCGCAGCGGUGACCGGCGCGCAGGCGUUUCAUCACCCAGCCACCCUGUCGCCGCAAGCGGUAGCGGUGCCCGCCGUGGGCGCCGGCCGCCGGGCCCCACGCCCCUCGACCGCCUCGGCCGAGGCCGCCCCCGCCGCGGGUCGCGCGGGGCUCUGCCUGGCCUGCGGCGCCGCCGCCGCGCUGGCCGCCCGCCGCGCGGCCCGCGGUCGCACGGCGAUGGGGUUCUACAAGAGGAUGGGCGGCUACGGCAAGAAGGACUACGCGGCCAUCUUCGGCCCGCAGUACAACGGGCCGAAGAUCGACUACAUCAUCAUGCGGGGCCCCCGCUUGGGCAGGCCGAGGAACGGCGAGCAGCGCACCAUCCCGAAGCUCAGCGGCGGCUCCUUCGACAAGCGCAAGGACAUCAUGAAGUGCCUGACGACCGCGGUGGUCAAGCACGGGCGCAUCAAGACGACCUUCGCCAGGGCGUUGGGCGUGCAGAGCUUCAUCGACAGGAUGAUCGUCCUGGCAAAGCGCGGCGACGACCUGUCGCGCCGCGAGGCCGAGGAGUGGAUGGUCGACUCGAGCCUGGUCGAGAACCUCUUCAAGCUGGCGCCUGAACGCUACGGCGAUAAGGGCAAGGACUUCACGCAGGUUACCCGCACAAUGGGCAAGAGAGGCGCGGAGAUGGCGUACAUCGAGCUUGUGUGAGGGUCCUGGAGUUGGUCCUCUUCCUCAUCCUUCUCCUCCGCCUGUCUUCGUCCUCCUUCCAUCCCCUGCUUCACUCUCUUCUUAGCCUCCGUGCGGCAGCAAAGGGAUGGAGCGCAGGACGGGGGGGUAGAGAGAAGGACUACGCCCCAGGCAAAUAUCUUGCGCUCUAGGGCUGGGGGCAUCCAAUAGUCUGUGUGCUGACUCGAAGACGUGCCUCCUGCUCCAGCGCUGCCCUCCCCGUCAUCCACGCUAUCAUCCUCAUCAUUCGCCGCCUUGUGGCCGCCGUCAUCCUUACGAUCCAAGCGGACAUUAUCGAAGCUCCCCGUUCUUGUCCGAUCAGGUUU